CCAAGCGGCGCCUGCACUCCCAUAGCCGAGCGCACCGCUCCCCUCCCCUCUCUUCUCCCCCAUGACAGCUCGAGGUCGCCAGCCACUUCUCUUCUCCCCCACCUUACCUCCCUCCCUCCCUCCCCGGCGGCGCACCCCUCUUCUCCCCUGGCGACGCUCCCCUCUCAUCCCCUUGCCUGGCGGCACCCUCCUCCUCGGUGGUGCAAAUGGCAGUGGGCUCCUCCUCGUCGGCGGCUGGAUCCGGCCCCUACAACCUCGGUGGUGGUGGAUCUGGCCAUCUCCUCCUCUGUGGCGGCGGAUCCGACCGUCUCCUCCUCUGUGGCGGGGGAUCCGAUCUUCUCCUGCUCGGUGGCGGCGGAUCCGGCCGUCUCCUCCUCCGUGGUGGCAGAUCCGGCCUUCUCCUCCUCCGUGGCGGCGGAUCCGACCGUCUCCUCUGUGGUGGCGGAUCUAGCCGUCUUCUCCUCGACGGCGGUGGUUCCAACCCCCUCCUCCUCGGUGGUGGAUCCACCCCCUCCUCGGUGGCGGCGGAUUCAGCCACCUCCUCAGUAGCGGCGGAUCCGGCCCUCGGGUCAUCCUUGGCGGUGGUUCCAACCCCCUCCUCUUUACCGACGAUGCUUGGGAGGCUACCGUGUGGCUCAGUUCCAGCCAAGAAACGCCGUGGAGACAAUCAGACGGCGCAAUGAAGGACUUUGUCAAUGAAGAUGAAGCAUGCCAGGAUUCAGAUCACUGAAAGGCGACCUGAAGAUCCGUGUGUCGUCUGGAAUCUUUUGUUUGGCUACUGUUAUGUCCUUUGCUUCCGCUAUGAUGUCAAACGUUUUUAGGCUGGUUUCACUAUUUUAGUUCUCUUUUCUGUUCUGAACUGUCUGGCUUUGUUGUCUGUUCAAACUCUGGUAACAAUGUAUUUCCGUUGUCAGUAAUGGAAAUGGGAUAGCCCCU